UCAUUUCUUAAAAGUAUUCCAAAGAAAGGCGGGACAGGAAGAAGGAAACGUGAAUUAUUGAUUUAUUUAAAAUCUCAAAUUAAAUUUCAUUAUAAUUUGUAAUGGAUGAAAAAUUCAGUUUCUGCAGAUAGAUAUAAAACCGCGCAAGAAAUAAAUAAGAGAAUAAAAAGAAAGUACGUAUGUAAACAGUGUUCAUGCGCGCGUCUUGACAAGCAACGCAAAGUGUGCGAGAGUGUUGAAGGAAGUUGAAAAAGAAGAAUUAUUAGAAGCAGAACAAGGAGAGACGCGUGUUUUGUGAAAUCAAGGAAUAAAUUCGUUUCUGUAAUUCUGUAUUGAUUGGUCGUCGUCAAUAAAAAAAAAAAGAAAAGAAAAAAAAGAAAAAGGAAAUGGAUUCUGGAAGUAGUUUACCAACACCGGAAGGUUAUCCGGGUGGUGAGAGACAGCAAUUUUGUGUGUCAUGGAACUCGUAUCAGUCAAAUAUGCACAAUGCAUUUCCAAAAUUGUUGAGUUCAGAACAAUUUGUUGACGUUACACUUGCCUGCGAUGGUGGUUCGAUAAAAUGUCAUAAAGUUGUACUUUCAGCAUGUAGCGAUUAUUUGGAGCGACUUUUGCUCGAAAUCCCAUGUACUCAUCCAAUCAUAUUUUUGAGGGAUAUGCGUAUGUGGGAACUUCAGGCACUCGUUGAAUUUAUGUAUCGCGGUGAAGUUUACGUUGAGAAACAACAAAUUAAUACAUUAAUGCAGGCAGCCGAAGCUCUUCAGGUUCGAGGGUUAUCAAGUCAGGGACGAGACAGUGCAUUGAAUGAAACAUUAACAUCACAAAUUGGUGGAUCAUCAACUUCACCAAUUGAAAUGUCACCACAAAAACCGGAUGAAGAUUGUUCGUAUAAAGGUGAUGAGACAUCGUCGAAUGAUGCGAAUAGUACAAGCUACUUGGAAACAUCGACAAAUGUUGGUUCAAGUAUUGCAGAUUCACCACAGCUCUCUAUGUCGACACCAACUGGCCCUCAACAAACACCACUCACAACACCCAAUUAUUUAAAUUCCGAUCAUGCCGAGGCAUUACAACAUUUGGAAAAAGCACUCAAUGCAUGCGAAGCAACAUUGACUGAAACAACUGGAAUGGUGAAAAUGGAACCUGACGAACAAUUCUCACAACAGGAUAAACCAUAUUCAAUUAGUAUGGUACCCAGUAAUUGUAGUCCCGGUAGUCCAUUUCCCGCUAUAGAAGGCUAUCAAAGACGACAACGACGAUCGGAAGAGGAAUUAAAACAGGCAUCAGACAUGGUUGCACGUGGAAUGACAUUUCAAGUAGCAUCUGAAAAAUAUAAAAUUCCAAUAAGUACCAUUCGAUUUUACAUGGUGAGAAAAGGAAUUCUUCAAAGGCGAAAAAGAGGACGUGGUGCGGGCGCAACUGGAAUGAAUAGUCAACCAAGCAGUCCUGCGAGUCCACCUUAUCACAUGAUGAAUUUCCGCUUACCAGAGAGCCUAAACUCCAGCCUACAGUAGUUUUAUGCGCCAGUAGUAAGUUUCUAGACUUGAGUUACAGUCGAACAAAUUGAGUGUCGCUAAUUUAGAGCUGUCUUAAGACUUCUCCCUCAUCCCUGAACCCCCCUUUGUCCCCAUGUUUUCUUCCCCCCCCCAAAAAAAAUUUCUUAUUCAGUGUUGGCUUAACAAAAAAAAAAAAAAUCGUUUUUUUAAAAAAAAAAUAAUAAUUGCCAAAACUGCAAAGAAAAAAAGAAUAAUUCGUAUAAAUACGAAGUUCAUGAAAAUCAUGCAUAAAAUUGAAUUGCAUAUUAUUAUUUUUGUGCAUCGGUCUUAAACAGCUCUAUCACGUGUAAAUAAAUCUUAUAAUGAAAUGAUGAUUUAAAAGAAAGAAAACACCCUUAUACACACAACAUGGGACGAACAAUCUUGCAAAGAAAAAAAAAAAAAACUCGAUCUCAGCUUAUUACGAGCUCGUUUAAAAAUCCGAAUACCGAUGAUUUUUUUCUCCCCAUUUUUUUCCCCCUCGCCCCCCUCCCCCUCGUCUCUCCCAUUUUUUUUUAAGACUAUAUAUAUAUAAUUUACGUUACCGCGAACGACGAUUAAUUAUUUACUUAUAUAUUAUAUAUAUAUAUUAUAUAUUUACCCGCAUAUCUUUUUUUACCUUGUUUUUAUUUAUGUACGCUGCCUAGAUAAGUUUAUAUAAAUUUUUUUUUUUUUUAUAUAUAUAUAGCGAGCAUUGCUUCUCAUGUUGUGGUUUUUUUGCUAAGAGAAAGAAAGAAAGAAAGAGAGAGAGAAAAAAAAUUGUGGUUGAUUUUAGAUGUUUAUUAUUUAGUGAUCAGUGACUCUCGGAAUUUAAGUUUUUUGAGUCAAUACUUUUGGACAAUUUAUUUAUUUUUUUUUUUUUUUUUUAUUUUUACGUUUUUAAUCAACCUGACUUUCCAUGACUAGGGCCCGAUACUUCGUGACCUUUCCCGUUUUCAUAAAGAAACAAAAAAAAAAAUAAAAAAAAAAAAUAGAACGAAAUAAAACAAAAUAGUCUGCCUAGAUGAAGCAUUUUAUUACUUUUACUUUCGUAUAUAGUUAAAUCUUUUUUAAAAGAAAAAAAAAAAAUAAUAAUAAUAAGGAAUGCAUUGUAUUGAGCAUUCAAAAAAGUUUCUAAAUGAGAGUUGCUGCAGAGUUUAAAAAAAAAAAAAAAAAUUGUAAGGAGCACUGCAGUAAAUUUUUUUUUAUUUCGAGGCAAACGCCAAUUUAUAUAUUUAUAUAUAUAUAAUAAAUACAUAUAUAUAAAGGGCGUGCUACAAUGUCUUUAUUUAACGAACGGGUAUAAUUAUAAUAAUCCCCUCACAUUUGGAGAAUUUUUGCCGAGUCUCUCCAAAAAAAAAAAAAAAAAAAUGAAAAAAAAAUGAAAAUGGUCUACAAAAUAAUGAUGAAAAUAUAUAUAUAUAUAUAUAUAUAUAUAUAUAUACUUAAUAAACAAACAAAUAAUCCAUAUUGUUUAUUACUAAUAGUUUGUGGUAGAAAUUCCCUGUUCGGCGAAUAAUAAUGAAGAUCAAAAAAAGAAAAAAAGUAAUGGGGUAAAAAAAAUUUUUUUGCAAAAAAGAGAAAAUGAUAGGAAAAAAAAAAAAAAAAAAAACACUUGCCGCAUAUAACCACGUAACGCUUUAGGAGUUACAUCCCCUCCCACCCCCCCUCAAAAAAAAAAUACCACCUUCUCCCUUUAUUAUAUACAAAUAUUUUUGUAGACAAUGCAAAAAGGGAAAGUGAAUUUUUUUUUUCUUUUGCCCGACCAUAUGUACCUUAUUGACUUUUACAUAAUGCAAGGACUGGUAAUUCGUUGAAAAACAAAAAAAAAAAGAAAAGAAAACUUUACCCUUAGCUUUGUUAGGCAUCACAUGAGACUACAAAUUACGAUGUAUCUAGAGUAAUAAUAAUAAUAAUAUUAAUAUUAAUAAUAAUAAUAAUAAUGCUUUUAACAUGUUAGUGUACAAAAAAAAAAAAAAAAAAAAGAUGAAGUAAUGAAAAAACAAGUCUGUAACAGAAACGUAGAGAUUUGCCACUUUUUAGGAAAAUAAGAGAGAGUAUAAAAAUUCGUUUCAAAUGAAGAAAAAAAACUUUUAUUUUCUUCGAAAGUGGUUCUGCCUUUUCAAAGAAUUCUCAUAACAUGACAGCAGUGGCGUAUGCAGCGUAAAUGGUACGAUGUAUUGCCUUUGUUAAAUAGCAUUCAGAUGAAGCCAUAUUUUUCCAUUAAUGCAAUAAACGAGCAGUGAACACUUUAAAAAUAAUAAUAAUAAUAAUAAAAAAAAAAUCAUAGUCUCGAAAGAGUGCCAAAUACAUUGUUAUAUUGAUAGUUAAUAAUAAUGAUUAUUAUUAUUAAUUAAUAAAUAAUAAUAAUAAUAAUGAUAAUAAUAAUAAUCGUAAAUUGUAAAGAUGUUUAUCGUCUUUUUUUUUGUUAAACAUAUUUUUAGAGUCAAGUACAUAUUACCUUUUUUUUACACUGAUUAUUAUUAUUUUAAUACCUUUAUAUUUAUAGUUUAUAAUUAAAUGUAGUUUGCUCGCAAUAAGUGGCAUUAUUUUUUUGUAGUUUGGGAUUGUUCUCUUAUUUCCUUUUUUUUAUAUUUUAAAUUUUUAUAAAUUUUGUUUUUUUCGUCUUAUUUCAAUUUUUAUUUUCUAUUUUUUACUUUUCAAUUUGUCUUCUUUUUUUUAUAUAUUUAUAUAUUUGAUAAAAAUUAUCUUAGAGAUUUUCUUGUAGCAUUUUGAGUAAAAAAAAAGUAAUUUUGUAAAUUGAGAAAUUAUUUUUUUAGACGUAUUUUCGUAAAAAAAAAAAUGGGAAAAAAAAUUUAUUUAAUACUUUAACUAAAGUGUUAAUGAUCCAAAGUAAAUGAAAUUUAAUUCCAAAUUGUAAUUUUAAUAGAAUUUUUUGUAUAUAUAUAUAUAUAAAUAUAAUAUUAUUGGAUAUUAACUUUAUUUUGUUAGAAUCUUUAUAAAUAAUAGGAAUGUAAUAAUUAAAUCAAAAUUAGUUUUAUAAUCAAAUAAUAGCAUUUCGAUAUAGUUUAUUAUUAUUCUUAUAUUCGAAAAUGUGUGUGAAAAAUUAUGAAUUUUAGAAUAAUGUGAUUUUUUUAAAGAAAUAUUUUUAUUGAAUUUUUUCCAAAUGAAUUUUUGAUUAUUAAUUUUUAUAUUUUUUGUUUCCUGACGAAUUAUAAAUUAAUGAAGAAAUAAAGAAGUGAAAAUAAGAAACUGAAUUAAAAAUUAAAUAUAAAGAUCAAAAUGAAUAGUGAAAUCGAGUAUUGUUAAAAAAUGUGAUUUUUUUCUGAAAGAAAUUUAUUUUUUUAAAAUUGUUUUUUUUUUUUUAAUUGUAAACAUUUCAAAAAUUUUAACUCAGAAAUUUCACAUUUCUUCAAAACUGAACUAAUAUUAAGAAAUGAAAAUCAUAAAAGCGAAGGGAAAAUCGAAAAAAAAAAUCACUCGAUUGCUAUUUGAAAAUCUCAAUUUCAAAUUUUUGUUUUAUAGAAAGUAAAAAUUAAAUUUCUUUUAAAGAACUUAAAAAUUAUUUUUUAAAAUGAAAUUUUAAAAAAAUUUCUUUUUUUUUACAAUGAAAUGAAAUAUUUUUGUAAAUCAAGUGAUUGAAAAAAAAGAAAUUGCUUGUAAAAUAAGAAAAUAGUGACAAUCCCACUGUUUAUAUAGUCGAUUACCAAAAUCGAGAGCAAUUUUUCUUUUUCUUUUUUUUUUGCUUUUUUUGUUAUGUUAAUAAGUUUUGUGCUAGAAAUCCCAACGAUCUCUCUUCUUAUAUGUGACAAUGUAAAUAGGCACUCUUUCGAUUAUGCUCAUUUUUAAGAUAUAAAUCAUUGUUCAAAGAGUUCCAGUUGACAAAGGUUUUAUACAGAUCUAUAUCUAAACCAGUAUUUCAAACCAAUGAAAAGUAAUUAGUUUUCUAAUAACACAGUGCGUCGUUUUAUGUGACUUUAGCAGAGUGCUUAAAGCCAGUAAUGCUCAGCGUAUCUAACGUUAUAUUUUUUAGUGAAACUCCGUGUCAUACUCAUGUGUAUUAUAAAAAAAAAAAAAAAAAAAAAAAUAAUAAUGUAUUGCAGCGUGUAACGAAAAAAAAAACAACAAUCAAAGAUACGAAUGAAGGAUACUUAAAUAACUAUGUUAGCCACUUUAUAGCAGUAUGUAAGUUAGCCACUUUGAGGCAGAUCGUAUUUAAUUUCACAAUCGCUCUUUGUCAUCCAUAAUACCCUCUCCAUCAUACAUAUAUAUAUAUUUUUUUUUUUUUGCUUUUUUUUUAAUUUACCUUGGUAUUAUUAUUUGUAGAUAUAUUUUUUUGCGAUUAAGAAUAAAGAAAACGAAACAGUUAAAUGACUUUUUUUGGGGGGAGUGGGGGAGAAAUUUUAAGUUUUCAUUGUAUAAAAGAAUUUAAAACUUGAAAUUUCAAAAAUUUCAAAAAAAAAAAAAAAAAGAAGUAAAUUACAGUCAUGAAACUGUUUAUUUUUCUAUUUACAGAUUUUUUUUUGUUUUUUUUUUUAUUAAGCUUAGAUGACGAUUAAGAGAAUUUGUACAUUGAUCUGAGUUAUGUCUAUUUUUUUUAAUAGAUAUGCGUCUGCAGUAUUUUGUGUGUUAAAAAGGGGGGGAAAAAAUCCACAAAUGAAGUUUGUGAAAUUUCUUUUUUUUUUUUGUUUGUUCGUUUUUUAUAUAGUUUGAAAAAAAAAAACAAUAAUUAUUUCCCAUGUUGGGAAAUUAUUGUCAAAUAUUAUUAAUUGUGAGAGAAAGAGAGAGAGAGAGAGAGAGA